AUGAUAGGACGGCCUUUUUGUUCUUUUUCUUCACUCUUGGCCGGCCGGGCCGCCUCCCGAAUGGGGACGCCAAUGAGCUCCCUGGGCCCACUGGGCCAAGUUGCUGCAGUAGACAUGUCAGUUCAAUUUGCCUGCUUUGCAGUAGCAGCUGCCCUUCAAACAGAGAAGUUCUACGACAUCUCUGCCAGUUUGACGUAUGUGCUCUGCGUUCUCCUCUCCUUUCGGGCUGGCGGCCGAUCCACGAGGUGCAAAGUCAACUCUGGUCUCGUCAUUGCUUGGGCCGUUCGUCUGGGCAGUUUUCUGCUGUGGCGCGUGAUUCAUGACGGAGGCGACAGCCGAUUUGAGAAGGUCAGGAUGCAUCCCAGCAGAUUCUUCGUUUUCUGGGCUGUCCAGGCAGUCUGGAUUCUUCUGACGGCCCUCCCUGUGUACCUCUCCAACAGCAAACCGAACACAGAGGCCGAGCUUGAAGAAGGCAGAACACAGAGGCGCGAGAAAGAGAAGGUUUGCUGGCGGGAUGUUCUUGGCUGGAGCCUGUGGGCAGCUGGCUUCACCAUACAGGUCGUCGCAGACAUGCAGAAGAGACUCUUCCAGGCAGACCCGAGGAACAAAGGCCUGUGGAUUCACACGGGCCUUUGGAAGCUGGCCCAGCAUCCGAACUACUUUGGCGAGAUUUGCAUGUGGUGGGGCCUUUUCCUUAGCUGCUCGACGACUCUCAGAGGAUGGGAGCUUCUGUCCGUGGCAUCUCCUUGCUUUGUCGCCUUCCUGCUGCUCCGCGUGAGUGGCGUGCCUCUACUCCGCAAGGCUGGUCUAAAGAAGUGGGGCCAUCUUCAAGAGUAUCAAGACUACUUGAAGAGGACACGCUUGCUGGUACCCCUGCCUCGACGGUUCUGA